GAUUCACGCAUCGACGGUGAACAAUGACCCGGAUAGAGUGAUUCGGUUGGCGACGGAUCUGCGUUUUGCAGACUCAUCCCGGCCGUAUGAUAAGGUGGGUUUAUACCUGAGGGCUUUUAUGAAUUGGAUGGAGGCUGACCAUGCUGCAGAGAUGGAUGAACUUUUACCGAUUUAAUGACGGUGUUUAAUUGGUCACAUUGGACAAUUGCAAUGAUUGAUUUAAUCUAAACAUAAUUCUUAUGACAGACAUGACAUGAUCCUUCCAUCUGCUUACUCCCAUCCAUCACCCUGCUUUCUGCUCUCAUCUACUCCGUAGUAGAGAUAUCAAACGUACAAUGACAGAUCCUAAACCCUUCGUCAGCUACCACACUUCCAGUGCAGAACGAUACCUACUGCUGAUCAUCACAGAACCCUCCUGUCCACCCACCACCCUGUUCAAUGCACUAACCCUUGAAUUAGUCUCUCUCCUUGACACCGAACAAAAGCAACAAGCAGCCUACCGUAUUCCGACAGGCAAGAUUGGCAAUGCUAUCCCCGCCACGGAUCUGGCACGAGGUGGAAUUGCUCAGCAUGAUUUCCAUGAGGGCAGCCAGGGCGGGCAGACCCAACCCGAGGCAGGAGUAGAGGGUGACUAGGGCGGUUUUCAUCGUGGUGUAGAUGGCUUCUAGUUGGUGGCUAAGAACUAGUGGAUGUUGGCGGUGGUGGAUGUCUACCAGAGAGAUGGCUGCAUUCUGUGAGGGAUCUGCAGAGGGGAUUACUUGGAUUGAAGCUCGUGCAUGGCUGCGGAUGGUCCGGUGCUACACAGCACGAUCUGCUAUCGAUAUGGCGAGGGAUACUCGG